AUGCAACAACCACAUCACACAAUACCACCACACCAUGCAACACCCUACCACAUCACACAAUACCACCAACACCAUGCAACAUCCUACCACAUCGCACAAUACCACCAACACCAUGAAAUGUCCUACCACAUCACACAAUACCACCAACACCAUGAAAUGUCACACAAUACCACCAACACCAUACACACAAUACCACCAACACCAUGCAACAUCCUACCACAUACCACAACAUUUACCACCAACACCAUGCAGCAUCCUACACAUCGCACAAUACCACCAACACCAUGUAACAUCCUACCAGAUCACACAAUACCACCAACACAUGUCACAUCCUACCACAUCGCACAAUACCACACCAUGCAACAUCCUACCACAUCACACAAUACCACAACACCAUGCAACAUCCUACCACAUCACACAAUACCACCAAACCAUCCAUGCAACAUAUACACCACAUCACACAAUACCACCAACACCAUGCAACAUCCUACCACAUCGCACAAUACCACCAACACCAUGCAAAUGUCCUACCACAUCACACAAUACCACCAACACCAUGAAAUGUCCUACACAUGCAACACCAUGUCCUACCACAUCAACAAUACCACCAACACCAUUAAGAAAAAGAAGGAAAGAGAGACUGACAGCAAAACAGAACAAAGGAAACAGAAAGAACACAGGGUCCACGACUGA